AUGAGAUUCCUACUUGCCUUGCUCCACCUUGCGGUGGUCUUUGCCCUUGCCACCAUGGAGAAAAAUACUAUCACCAAUGAAGUGCCAAAUAUCAUUCUGGUAGAUUUCACAGAAGACACACAGCAGAAUCCAGACAAUGUUUUCAACACCAUAGAACAACGCUUUUUCGACUAUCUUUGCAUAUUCACUCGUCGUCACGCUUUCAAGUCCCCAUCCUCUCGCGGCCUAUCGUUCAGUUUGUCCUGCGAGGGAGGCGACGAAGUUGUCAGAAGCGAAUUACUGCCUAUAAUUCAAUCCUUGGAAUUUGUCGAGAAGGCUUCUCUCGCCUCCGGGAGUCCUAGACGAAACGACAUUUUCACUAGCACCACUGCAAAUUCCACCCCCGAAUACUACGAAUCAUUUACCCUCCCAACACAUCAUAAUACAGGCGUGUCCCGCCUCCACAUAGAAUCCAGGCUAGGAACCGGCAUCCGCAUCGCGAUUAUCGGCACGGGCUUCGAUCUCGCGGUUCCUGGUCUCUCCAAAACGCGGGACGCCUUCGACCUUACUGGUGACAACUGUAGAGACUUUCUGCAUGGGACACAUGUUUUGGGAAUCAUUGCUACCGAGAGCGAGGAAAGGAGGUUCGGUGCCUUAGGCGUGGCGGGCAGGAUAUCCGGUGUAUGCGGAGUUGGAUGUCUCGCCGGGAGAUGUGGAGCUUGCUCCAGGUGGAUCUACGAUCAUCUCAGUAUCUGUUCAUUCCAACCCGGCUCUGUCGGAGAUGUAUGGGGGGGCUACUUCGAAGGCUUCAUCGAGAUCGUCUCCUCCGCGUCCAAAGCAAACACCCUCACGGUGACCUACACCGGCUUCGGUACCGCCCUAUUCGACAUUCCAAUGAUCAAUCUCAACGCAUCACACCUCGUCAAAGUAGAGCCCUCCACAAACCUCGACAUUGAAGUUCUUCCUGACACACUCUUCACAUGCCUCUUCAACGGGACCAUCCCCAAGCCAGAGUGGCAUGUCAUCGGCGACCUCGGCUUUCCCGGCUUCUGUAAGGUCUUUGUCACUGUGAGCCGGGAGUAUAUCUACGAUCUGGUUAGCGCCGACACGGGCGAGGAUAUCUUGGCUACGCCGUCGACUUGGUGGGUUUGGGAUGGGUCGGAGGAGGAUACCUGUAGGAAGUAA